CUGCCUGAGACGCGCAGUCGGUCUCCGCCCUCUCCGCCCUCCCUCUGCGUUCCAGUACGACUACUGCAGAAAGGUUGACCCCCCAUGGCCAACAACCCCAGGUUAACAAACUAACAAUCACCAGCCAUGCCCUUCAAAUACAUCGUAGAACACAUGGAGCCCGAGCUCGAUGAGUGGUCAGAGCUCGAAUACACCAACAUCCUAACGCACGUCGGCCCGUCCAAUCUCAUCCUCUCCCACAUCCCCGCCUCCCUCGCCACCUCCCUCCAAACACACCCGACGUUGAACCCUGAAUCCGGGAUCAUUGCGACCACGAAAGCGGUGCAGGAGAUGGACGGCGUGGAGUUUGGGAAGGUGGUGUUGCUUGAUCCGGCGGCGACGGAGGAGUUGAGGCCCGAGGAUGCGCGGGAGUUUGGGUGGUUGCUUUUUGGGGGGAUUUUGGGCGACGACCCACCGCAAGACCGCACGCGCCUCCUCCGGGCCCUCGGGUACACCACGCGGCACCUCGGCCCGGUGCAGAUGACAACCGACACGGCCGUCCUCGUCGCGCAACACAUCAUCGAGGACCAGAUCCCGUUGUCUGAGCUUAAAUUCGUAGAUCGCCCGGAAAUCAAGUUGGGCAAGAAAGAGAGUGUUGAACUGCCGUUUCGGUACCUCGUGGAUGCGGGCGGGGAGCCGAGGUUGCCGCGGGGGUUGAGGGAGUUGUUGAAACGGAGUAAUGAUGUUGCGUUGGUUUGAGCGGGAUUGGACAUGUAGGAGGGGAUUACUGGUCGCGGUUGGGGAGGGCAGCGGGGUGUUUUUGGGAGCGUGCGGUGCCUGACGGCAUGAUGGAAGGCGUCGCUCGCCUUUGGGGGCCUUACGUACUGGACAAGCAUGACGUUGGGAUGGGAUAGAUAGCUGGCAUGUAGAGAGCGUUUUUGUGUGCAUAGGAGAGGUAUCACUUUAUAUUAUAGAGGGUUUUCAAUGCAUGAAUGACCAAGAAGCCUACUUGAGA